ACGCUUUAUACACACUGGCGAGUGUUAUAAACUUCAGUGCGUGCUUUGUACUUUAAAUUUUGGGAAAUACAAAUGACGUACGGACGUUAGUUAUGUGGCGGAAAUACAGUGCCCUUUUUGUGCUAUUCACAUUAAUUUUGGAAGUUUUUGGGAAUCAAGAUAAGUAUGUGUACAACCGAGAUGAAGAUGUAUCUAGUGAUACCACGACCGCGAGAACGACGACUGAUAGAUCGUUAGCCGAAAUUUCAAUUGAAAAAUUUGCUAAAAGUUCAGAUGCAUUUAACAAAACAUUAUUAGAACACCCAGUGAAUGAGACCAAAACCGGUGCGCAUAUCUAUUAUAACAGCACUAUUACGUUUGAUUCCGCAAUUGCUGGACAAUAUUGGGUCCACAUUGAUAAUAAUAGUGAUGUUAUAGUUAACGAAUUAUUGUCAAAUGCACAUCGCAGGGCUGUCACCGUAACGCUGUCGUUUGAUUUUCCAUUUUAUGGACAUCUUAUUCGAAAUGUUACCGUAUCUACAGGAGGAUUUCUUUUUAUGGGCCAAUAUAUUCACUUAUGGCUAGCGGCGACGCAGUACAUCGCGCCGCUUAUGGCAAACUUUGAUACAUCAGUAUCAAAUGACAGUUUCAUUAAGUAUUUGGAUAAUGGAACCGCCUUCACAGUCGUUUGGGACCAAGUACGUUUACAAGAUAGUCCCCAUGCGGGUUCCUUUACAUUCCAAACCACGUUAUUUAAGAACGGGGAUAUAGUAUUUGUUUAUAAAAAUAUUCCCAUCCCCGUGGAGGACAUUUCUGACAUUAGUCAUCCUGUUAAAGUUGGGCUUUCCGAUGCAUAUCGUAAAAGUCACAGCAUAUUCUCUAAUAAACAAGCAAUCUAUGAAUAUCAUCGUGUGAAAUUUAGCAAGGAGAACAUUAAAAAUGAUACAACAAUUUAUCUAAAACCCACUUGUUUGCAUAGUAAAGAUUGCCAUUCGCGUCAGACAACACAAAUUAAUAAUUUUGAGUUUAUGCAAAGUAACGAAACCUUUAAUGGAACGACAACUGAGCAAUCAUUAGCCGAAAAUUCAAUUGAGAAAUUUGCUAAAGAGUCAGAGAGCCGUAACAAAACGUUAUUAGAACACCAAGUGAAUGAGACCAAAACCGAUGCGCAUAUCUAUUAUAACAGCACUAUUACGUUUGAUCCCGCCAUUGCUGAACAAUAUUGGGUCCACAUGAAUAAUAACAAUAGUGACGUUAGAGUCAUAUUAUCAAAUGCACAUCGCAAGGCCGCCAUUGUGACACUGUCAUUUGAUUUUCCAUUCUAUGGACAUCUUGUUCGAGAUGUCACUGUAUCUACAGGAGGAUUUAUUUUCAUGGGAGAAAAUCGGCACUCAUGGCUAGCGGCAACGCAGUACAUCGCGCCGCUUAUGGCUAACUUUGAUACAUCGGUAUCAAAUCACAGUUUCAUUAAGUAUUUGGAUAAUGGGACCGCUUUCACAGUCUUUUGGGACGAAGUACAUUUACAAGAUAGUCCCGAGGUGGGUUCCUUUGCAUUCCAAACUACGUUAUUUAAGAACGGCGAUAUAGUGUUUGUUUAUAAAAAUAUUCCGAUUUCCGUGGAGAACAUUUCUGAAAAUAGUCAUCCUGUUAAAGUUGGGCUUUCCGAUGCAUAUCUUAAAGAUAAGAUCGUACUCUUUGUGCGAAGAAAAUCAAUCUAUGAAUAUCAUCGUGUGAAAUUUAGCAAGGAAAACAUUAUAAAUGAUACCGCAAUUUAUCUAAAACCGACGUGUUUGAAUAGGAAAGAUUGCCUUUCGCUUCAGACAUCAAAAAUUGCUAAUUUUUAGAUAUGAUACCAUUUAAUCAACAAGCGGGCGCGCUAUGAAGAAUUGAAAGAUUUUGUUGCUUCUUUAAUAUUUUUAAUCUUUUGUAUUUGUUUUGUAUAUGUUAUUCAUUUUUCCAUAAAAUAAAAAGUACUGCGCUAUA